AUGGCACAGACUUACAAAGAAUCUGUGCGUCAGAGGAUGGAUCAGUCUGAUGCAGACGUGGGAUAUAAUGUUAUAUUCCUUCUCUUAUAUCGAGGAGCGGCGCCAUAUGACCACAAUGUUGCGGCGUACUACCAAAUCCCUCUCACAAAACGAGCCCAACACAUCUCUUCCUUUAUCACUCCCAUUGGGCUCUUAGUGGCACCAUUUGGUAUGCACAACUGCCCUGCCACAUUCCAGCAAGCCAUGAAUCACCUCAUCCAUGGCCUAACAUGUGUGUCGGUGGAGCAUGGCUGUGUAAAAGCUAAAACUGCCAAUGUGUCUGCUGUCCAGGAAUACCCGGUGCCCAAUACCAAAAAGGAAGUACAGCGCUUCCUUGGAAUAGCAGAUUUUUGCCAUCACUUCUGCCCAAAUUUUGAUGAAGCUGCUGCCCUUUUAACAAAACUAACCAGCUGGACCAUCAGGUUCAAAUGUACGCCAGACAGCCAGGAGUCUUUUGACCAACCCAAGAAUCGGGUGGCAUGGGGUCCGGCCUUACAAGCACCAGACUUCUCACGACCAUUCGCCUGA